AUGGCGCAGUCCCCACUGUCCCCCACGGAGCAUGUCUUGCGCUCUGCAGAUGUGGAUGAAUUAGCGCAGCAGGUUACGGACGAGAACGAGAGCAAGGCCGAGGCCAAGAAGCGUCGUCAUCGUGAAAAUAUGGCACGAGGCAGGUCUCGCCACAACGCACUAAUGGAUUCAAUGCGGAAACAGUACCAAAAUCUACACAAGAAGCUGGAAACAGGCAUGGUGGCAUGGAGAAUGCGACGAGCUACGAAUAAUUCGAGCCAGAGCGAGCAGAAUCCGCCUUCGAAGGAGUUAAUGGCUCAAUAUAUCGAUGCGGUAGAGACAGAGAACGCCAUACAUCGCGAGAAUGAGGCGCUGGCGCAGCGACUGGAGCAAAUGGCCAUCUUCGAGACGACAUUACGGGUCGAUACACCAGAGGUGGCGGACCCGAACUUGCACACAGAGCGACCGAGGACAGUACAAGCUCUGAACCGACCGGGAUUCUGGUCCUAUUUUGCAGAGGACACGGAGCCAUUUUACUACGAACCGAUGCCUGCCGCGACUUGUUACAACCUGAUUCGAGAAAAAUAUCAGACGAUAAAGAGCCACCACUUUAUGUUUAUGAGGAAACAAUUAAGCGAGGUGCCUGUGCAGUUCUUCGGGUGGACAGUUCAGAGAUACUUAAGUGAGAGACGGAAGUUAGAGUUCCAUUUCAUGAAGCAGAUCCCGUGUACAGACAGCGAAAUGUUAGCGGAGGAACUGGCGAUUGAAGGCUGGAAAGUCUUUAAUGACCCGGAGAUGUACAGGAGAUGCUAUCGCUCGGCAAUUGAUGUCCGAGUACUGCAGAGAGUUGACGCAUUUAAUACCAUCCUCAUGCGUAAUUCUCCCGACGCCACCCGCUCGCAUCGCAUCCGCCACCUCAAUAUUUCGUCCAAAGUCUCAGAUGAGGAUGAAUCUGGCAAAUUCUAA